AUGGACCAUCUAUCUUCCUCCUCGUCGUCGGCGGCGGGCACUACGACCUAUACCCGGCAAUCUGUCAGCACCUUCCAACAGGAUGUUCCUAAGCAAACCUACACGACCGCUGGUACCAUCUACAACCCCAGCAGCGCUCAGCCGCUCCAGCCUCCUGUCCGUCGCGGCCGCACUCUCAAGUGGCCUCCCCCAGGAGUUGCUGCCUCGGAGCUGUCCCUCUUUCCCAAGUCAGUCCUUGCUGGCUUGCCUAUCAAGUCACAGAAUCUCGUCACCACGCCCACCAGUCCUCGCCCACCUCAAAUCCCCAAAUACUCGCCUCUUCAGCAGAACUACGACCGCGCUGUCAGCCCCCUCACCGAGAAUAGCCUUGAGUCUCCGAAUGAAUUGGACGGUCAAAGACUUUCAUCUUCAUCUCUCAUGUCGUCUUACAACAUGGAUAGCAACCAAACCUCGCCGGUUGCUGCCGUCAUACCCACUUCUGUCGUGAACAAGCAUGCCGAUGCCAACUCGAGCGACGAUGAAGAUGAUGAGAGCUUUGGCGAGAACCCUCUCCGGGGCCUGACUGUCAAGUCUCUCCACAACCUGGCCUCGUACCCCAACCCGAACCAGAAGAGAGCUCAGAGGGCGCUUCUUCGUGCUCGGCCGGGUGCCACGCCGGCUCCCUCUGCUGGCAACAUCAGCCGCACGGCCACCCCGUCUUACGGAGCCCAGGCCUUUGAGGGUUUCGAUAUAGGAAAUGACGGCUCACAUUCUCCUGGUCUGUUUCGUUCUGCCAAGACUGACCCGAACGAAAUCCUCAAGAUGAAAGCCGAUAGAUCGGUCCAUGACCUUGAUAACUCCUGGCGCAUCAACUGCACAACUCCGCCCCCGGGUCUCUUCCCAGCUGCCAACAUCCAGAGAAAUCUUUCGCAUGCAGCGUACAAGUCUACUCUUGCAACUGGCCCAGGUGCCCCUCGCCCCUUGACUGCAGGCCCUCCCGGCCAGCGACAGUAUCGAACUUCGACGUUUGAAACUACAAUCAAGGCCCUCAACAACGGCCUCAAAGAGAUGCCAGUCGACGGACCCAUGUUCGACGAUGCUCACCAGGCACCCCCGUGCCUACAGAAGAACAUGACGCUCGAUGCUUUGAGGUUCUCGGGCACAGAGACACCCUCUCAUCUUACAAGCAAGCUCCCUUCCCUUCUCUGCGGCUCGACGCCCGACACAGACGACUGCUACCAAGACGCCGUCGAUGAGUCGAGAAACCUGUCUGAUGUGGACAUGGAGAAGAUUCUGGAGUACAUCAAGCUUGGACAGAAUAUGAACGAAGCCACGAGCCGUGCUCAGGCUGCAUCCGCCAUGCCCAUAGUGUCUGGUGAUGACUGGCAAGCCGAUCACCCCAAGGCCGCUCGGCCUCCCUGGACGAACGGUACGUGGGCCAUCACAGUAGAUGCGCUCCGGAAACGCAACGAGAGAACCAGCCAGCUAUUUUAUGCAGGCACGGGUGCGCUUGGCAAAUCGAUGGAAUCUGUUGCCCAGGAUUCAGAAUUCCGCAGUUUCAAGCGCCAGGUUGGUGUCAUUGGUGACCGACGACCCAAGGUCAAGCCUGAGAAGGUUGAGUACCCGCCCAUUUCGGUUCACCAGGUGAGCAACAUGCCGGCCCCGGAGGCAGCAGCGCCCCUCAUCACUUUGGCCUACUCUGCGCUGGUGAACCACGAGGAAGGAGUGCACAAUCAUCCUCAGUUUCAUCAGUGGAAAGACCCGGAGCCACACAUGGUCGACACGUCUACUCAGGGGCUCCGAUCGGUGUUUGGACAGUGA